GGAGUAAGUACAGAGUCAAUAACAAAAGAAUUCGAAUUUUAUCGAAAUUAUCCAGUUCUAAGAAUAUCAGAUUCAAUCAAAGAAACAUAUUAUCACAAUGUUGACAAAUUCAUUUCAGUUUCAGGAUUUGUUUCAGAUUAUGAUUGUGAUGAUGAAAUUGAAAUCAAAGGAUAUAUUGAAGGAUAUUCAAAUAGUCAAACAUCACAAAAUAUUUAUAUUCCAGAUUUAAAUAAUCAUUUAUUCGAAAUUAAUAUCCCUAUUCCUGACAACCUUACAACUGUUGAACAUAAUCUUCUUAUUACAUGUUGUGACAAUGUUAAUAAAUGUGAUUCAUUUAACAAAACGUUUUCUUACGAACUAAAUAAACCAGAAAUUAGUAUUGUUAAAUCACCAACAUUCCCUGUUUAUAUUAACAAAGAUAAAAAUCUUGAAUUUGUUCUUUCUGUUUCAGACAAAGAUGGAAACAGUAACAUCAGAAUUUUUCACAUUCUCAACGACACUGCAGGAAACAAUGUCAACAUAAGCUUUUCUAAUGAUCUUCCAGUUGAUGUUGAAUAUUCAAUUCCUAUUCCAGAUGAUAUCGAUGUUGGUGUUUGUCAACUAUGUAUCUAUGCAGUAGAUGAGCAUAAUCUCUAUUCAAAGAAUAUUUAUCUCGAUGUAGUAUUUUCAAAAUUCACAUAUGAUGAAAUUAAUGAAGAUCAAAAUCAUAAAAAACGCAAAAAGAAACCAAUUAAAUAUUCACCAUUCUUUUUUGUUCUCGCACAGAAAGUUUCAUAA